AUGGCCUCGGCCCAACCCACUUUAGCUGCCCUCAACACAAUCGGAGAUUUAUCUCCGUUAAGGGCGGUAAACUGCGCUGCUGAAGAGGGACGAAGGAAAAGAUGGAGCACAAGGCCCAGGCCUUCUUGCUGUUUCUUCUCUUCGGUUACAAAGGGGGACGGCGAGGAGACGUGGAACAGUAAAGUUUGUACGUGUGACUGCCAGGGAGACCCCAACUCUGUUUUUCCCACCAGAACCACCACCUUCGAUUGUAUGCCAGAAUGUCCGUAUCACAAACCCCUGGGCUUUGAGUCAGGGGCCGUGACCGCAGACCAAAUCAGCUGCUCCAAUUCGGAAGAGUACACGGGAUGGUAUUCCUCGUGGACCGCCAACAAGGCACGCCUCAACGGCCAGGGCUUCGGGUGCGCGUGGCUCUCCAAAUUCCAAGAUAACAGCCAAUGGAUCCAGAUCGACCUGAAGGAGAUUAGAGUGAUUUCCGGAAUCCUCACCCAAGGCCGCUGCGACACGGAUGAAUGGAUGACCAAGUACAGCGUCCAGUACAGAACCGACGAGAGCUUUAAUUGGAUCUACUACAAGGAUCAGACGGGCAACAACCGGGUAUUUUACGGGAACUCGGAUAGAGCGUCCACUGUGCAGAAUCUGCUGCGACCCCCCAUCGUGUCCCGCUUCAUCAGAUUAAUCCCCCUGGGCUGGCACGUGCGCAUCGCCAUCCGGAUGGAGCUCCUCGAAUGCCUAAGUAAAUGCACAUAA